AUGGCGGCGGGCCGCGAGCUGUGCGGCUCCCGGGAGGGCUCCGCCGGGCUCUGGGACUGGAAUCAGACAUGGUAUACAAACACCCCAAGAUUUACCUGGUGCUUUGAGAGUACGGUCAUUGCCUGGAUCCCCUGUGCCUAUCUUUGGAUCUGUUUUCCUUUCUACUACUUGUAUCUUCGACACAAAAACAACGGCUAUAUCAGGAUGUCCCACAUCUUCAAAACCAAAAUGGCCCUUGGAUUCAUCCUGGUAAUACUGUGUUUUUCUAAUGUCUUCUUCGUACUGUGGGAAACAAGCCAAGGAAUCCCACGGGCUCCAGCAUUCUUCAUUAGCCCUGCCGUGGUGGGAAUCACAAUGAUCCUCGCCAUGUUCCUUACCCAGGUGGAGAGAAUGAUGGGCAUCCAGUCUUCAGCCAUCCUGUUAAUUUACUGGCUGCUCUCAUUCAUGGCUGCAGUUGUGAUGUUUAGUUCCAAAGUCCAACAUGCCCUGGAAAGAGGCUUCCUGGAAGACCAUUUCCGCCACGUUACAACUUACAUUUAUGCCAGCCUGGUGCUAGGAGAACUUGUGUUAUUCUGCUUAGUUGAUCACCCUCCCUUCUUCUCUAAAGCUGUCAACAAUCCUAAUCAGUGUCCAGAAGCCAGCAGCUCUUUUCUUUCCAAAAUCACAUACUGGUGGUUCUCUGGGCUUGUCUGGAAAGGCUGUCAGCAGUCCUUGGGGGUUGAUGACUUGUGGCCAGUGAGGAAAGAGGACUCCUCUGAAGAAAUUGUUGCCUGGGCUGAAAGAGAGUGGAAGAAGUGUCAUAGCAGAAACCAGCAAAAAGUGGAGUCUGCUACAUUUAAAAAGGGUCAGAAGAGUGAAAAUGGCAUAGCAGAAGCUGAAGAGACAGAAGUUCUACUGCAAUCAGAGCACAGUCAGAGCAGGCCCUUACUGAAAGCAUUUUGGAGCAUGUUUGGAACCUAUUUCCUUCUCAGCACUGUCUGCUUAGUUAUCUGUGAUAUCUUCUUGUUCACCAUCCCAAAGUUAUUGAGCCUUUUCCUGGAGUUCAUUGAAGAUCAAGAAGCACCUAGCUGGCAUGGUUAUUUCUAUGCAUUCACUAUGUUCCUUUCGGCUUGUCUCCAGACUCUAUUUGAACAACGAUAUAUGUACAUGUGUCUUGUUCUGGGGUUGAGACUGAAAACUGCAGUAACAGGGCUUGUGUACAGGAAGAUCCUAGUUAUGUCAAAUGCAUCAAGGAAAACAGCAACAGUAGGUGAAAUUGUUAAUCUGGUAUCUGUUGAUGUCCAAAAGCUAAUGGAUCUGAUUAUCUAUUUUAAUGGGACCUGGCUUGCUCCUAUUCGGAUUAUCAUCUGCUUUAUCUUCUUGUGGCAGCUACUUGGGCCAUCUGCCUUGACUUCGAUUGCUGUAUUCCUCUUUCUUUUGCCUCUGAAUUUCGUGAUCACCAAGAAGAGGAGUCAGUUUCAGGAGACCCAGAUGAAACAUAAAGAUGAGCGGGCCAAACUCACCAAUGCCAUUCUCAGCGACAUUAAAGUAAUCAAACUGUAUGGGUGGGAGAAAACCUUCAUGGAGAAAGUGCUUGGUAUCCGGAAGCAAGAACUUCAGGCCCUAAAAAGGUCUCAGAUUCUUUUCUCAGCAUCUCUAGCUUCUUUCCAUUCAUCAACUUUCCUGAUUGCAUUUGUCAUGUUUGCUGUCUACACCCUGGUGGAUAACACACAGGUCUUGGAUGCUCAGAAGGCCUUUGUAUCUUUAACACUGAUCAACAUUCUCAACACUGCGCACUCCUUCCUGCCGUUCUCCAUAAACGCUGCUGUCCAGGCCAAAGUUUCUUUAAAUCGCUUAGCAGCUUUCCUGAAUCUGGAAGAACUGAAUCCUGAGAGCUCAAGCAUAAACACUUCUGACUGUGGUGAGCUUUUGUUACAGGCAAGUAUAACUGUAAGAAAUGGGACUUUUUGCUGGAGCAAAGAAACUUCUCCUUGUCUUAGAAGGUUAGAUCUUACUGUGCCUCAAGGCUCCUUGCUUGCUGUAGUUGGCCAGGUGGGUGCUGGAAAGUCCUCCUUGCUGUCAGCGUUACUUGGUGAGCUGAAGAAGAUGGACGGCUACAUGACCCUGAAGGGCACCGCAGCUUAUGUCCCCCAGCAAGCUUGGAUACAAAAUGCUUCAGUGGAAGAUAAUAUUCUCUUUGGGAAAGAGAUGGAUGAAACAUGGUUCAAUAGAGUGAUAGAUGCUUGUGCACUGCAACCUGAUUUAGAGAGCUUCCCUGCAGGGCAGAAGAGUGAAAUAGGAGAGAAGGGAAUAAAUAUAUCUGGAGGGCAGAAGCAAAGAGUGAACCUUGCUCGUGCUGUGUACCAGAAGGCUUCAAUUUACCUUCUAGAUGACCCCCUCUCGGCUGUCGAUGCCCAUGUUGGACAGCACAUUUUUGAACAUGUUCUUGGACGCAAUGGCUUACUGAAGGACAAGACUCGUGUGCUGGUGACUCACACAAUCAACAUUUUGUCUCAAGUGGACAACAUUGUUUUGCUGGUGGAUGGAACAAUCUCAGAAAUAGGUUCCUACCAAGAACUUUUACAGAGAAAUGGGGCCUUUGCAGAAUUUCUUCAUUCACACAUUACUGCAGAAGAGAAGGCAGGCGCUGGUUUUCCAGCUAUAGGAGACACCAAAGGCACCAUCACUUCUAGAAAUGGUCCAUCACAGGAGAAGGUCUUUAGUGACAAUUCAGUCAAAUCUUCCGCUACGGGAAGGGAGACCAUUCCUGUGAGUCAACACUGUAACACUGCUGCAGCCACCAAAGGAAGAUUAACCAAGCGAGAGAGAACUCAGCAUGGCAGGGUUAAUACUUCGAUUUAUGCAGCCUACCUGAAGGCAACAGGCUUACCACUGUGUGUGUACAUCGUUCUGUUGUUCACGUGUCAGCAAGCCGUGUCAUUUUCUCGUGGUUACUGGCUCAGCAUGUGGACAGAUGACCCUGUUCAGAACGGGACACAACAGCACACAGAGCUGAGAGUUGGAGUCUUUGGCGCACUAGGAGUCAUUCAAGCCCUUGGCAGAUUUGCCUCCACAGCAGCAGUCCUUCUAGGUGGCGUAUUAGCAUCACACAAGCUGUUUCUGCAGCUGUUGAGGAACGUUGCUAGAUCCCCAAUGAUCUUCUUUGAGCAAACACCCAUUGGAAACUUGCUGAACCGCUUCUCCAGAGAAAUAGAUGCUAUUGAUUCUGUCAUCCCUGACAAGCUGAAGUCCUUGCUGGGAUUCUUUUUCAACUUGCUGGAGAUCUACCUUGUGAUUAUAGUGGCUACACCAAGAGCAGCAAUGGCCAUAGUGCCCUUGACUGUUCUUUAUGCUGCAUUCCAGCAUUUCUAUGUCAUCACCUCCUGCCAGCUGAGACGCAUAGAGGCUGCCAGCAGGUCACCCAUCUACUCCCACAUUUCAGAGACUUUCCAAGGGAGCAGUGUGAUCCGUGCUUACAAGGACCAGGAGAGGUUUAUUCUGAAGAACAAUUUUCUAGUAGAUGAGAAUCAGCGAAUAUGCUUCCCUGGAGCAGCUGCUGACAGGUGGCUUGCUACAAACCUGGAGUUUCUAGGCAAUGGCAUCGUGUUGUUUGCAGCACUAUUUGCAGCAAUGGGCAGAACACAUCUUAGUCCAGGAACUGCUGGCUUCUCCAUUUCAUGUGCUCUUCAGAUAACUGGUGUUCUGAACUGGAUGGUGCGCUCCUGGACAGAAAUAGAGAACAACAUUGUUUCUGUGGAGAGAGUGAGGGAAUACUUGAGGACUCCUAAGGAGGCACCCUGGACUCUGAAUGGCAAACUUCAAGGUCAGGUUUGGCUCACUGAAGGAAGAAUUGAAUUUAGAAACUAUAGUUUGCGAUACAGGCCAAAUUUGGAGUUAGCACUGAAGCAUGUCAAUCUAACCAUCCACGGGCAAGAGAAGAUUGGCAUAACUGGAAGAACAGGAGCUGGAAAAUCUACUCUUGCUGUGGGAUUACUACGAUUAGUGGAAGCUGCGGAAGGAGCGAUCCUAAUUGAUGGACUAGAUAUUGCUCAACUAGGUCUCCAUGACCUUAGAACCAAGAUAACUGUCAUUCCCCAGGAUCCAGUUUUGUUUUCUGGCUCUCUAAGAAUGAAUCUCGACCCAUUAAACCAAUACACUGAUGCAGACAUCUGGACAGCUUUGGAACUGACUCAGCUCAAGAACUUUGUUGCAGAUUUGCCAGACCAGUUGGAAUAUAAAUGCACUGACCAAGGGGAAAACCUAAGCACUGGUCAGAAACAGCUGGUUUGUCUGGCCAGAGCACUUCUUCAGAAAGCCAAAAUCCUCAUUCUAGAUGAGGCCACAGCAGCAGUAGAUUUAGAAACUGAUCUUCAGAUUCAGUCCACCCUGAGGACUCAGUUCAAAGACAGCACAGUGUUAACAAUAGCUCACCGGAUAAACACCGUCAUGGACUGUGACAGGAUUUUAGUCUUGGAAAAUGGUCGGAUAGCUGAAUUUGAUACUCUGGAACACUUAAUAGCUCAGAAGGGACUGUUCUACAGACUGAUGGAAGAAUCGGGCCUUGCAUGA